ACAGGAAACAUAAAGAUUGGUUUAAUGAUUUUUUGUUGUUGUUGUUCUUGUGUGUCUUUGUUUUCAUUGCUUUUCUUUUCCAGUUGCAGGUUUCUCUUUGUAGUUUCAGAGACUCUGCAUUUGCCUCUUGACUGGCUAUGCCAGUCUACGGGCUCGUCCCCUAGCUCCCCCCUGCAGGUGGAUGGACGGUUUUGGUUUCUGCGUUUGUUUUUUGUUUUUUGUUUUUUGUUUUUUCUUGUUAUACUUUUCUUUUCCAGUCGUAGGUUUCUCUUUGUAGUUUCAGAGACUCUGCAU